UUUUCGCACUCCCUCCCUCCAUCCCCACUCAACUCUUCCUCCUCUUAACCUCCCUCCCCCACCUCCAAUCCCCACCCUCAAAUCUCCAAUGGCUUCCCCCGUCCUCACCACCCUCUUCCUCCUGCUUCUUCUCAGCAAUGCCGGCGGCUCCUCUCCGGCGGUGAACCCGUUCACGGCGAAGGCGGCCUUCAUCCGCUACUGGAACCGCAAGGUGCCCAACAACCGCCCCCACCCGGCCUUCUUCCUCUCCAAGCUCUCCCCUCUCCCCGCCGCCGACGCCGCCUCCUUCCCCUCCUCCCCCGCCGCCAUCCGCGCCCGCCUCCCCACGCUCUGCUCCAGGGCCGCCCUCCUCUGCCCCUCCUCUGAUACCGCGUCCAUGGGCUCUCGCAGGGCCCCCGGCCCCUUCAAGAGCUACAACGGCGCCAACUUCACCAACUACGGCUCCGGCGGCGGCGCCGGCGCCGACGGGUUCACCAGCUACUCCCCCGACGUCAACAUCGCGGCCGACUCGUUCCGCCGCUACAGCCGGGGCUCGACGGGCCGGGCCGACACGUUCGCCAGCUACGAGGCCAACGGCAACGUGGUGACCGCCAACUUCACCUCCUACGCGGGCGGCGCCACGGGCGGCUCGGGCUCCUUCGCCGCCUACGCCGAGGGCACCAACGUGCCGGACUCCAAGUUCACCAACUACGACGCGGGCGCCAAUGGCCGGGCCCGCGGCUUCACGGCAUACUCCCAGGAGGCCAACCACGGGGAGAACAGCUUCGCGGGCUACGGCAAGAGCGGCAACCGCCUGCGGGAGACAUUCACAUCCUACGGCAACGACACCAACACCCUCAGCUCCGGCUUCGCCAACUACGGCGAGUCCGCCAACGGCGCCACCGACACCUUCGCCGGGUACGGCGUCGAGGGGAACGUCCCCGAGAACACGUUCCGGAGCUACGGCGCCGGCGGCAAUGCCGGGGUGGAUUCGUUCAAGGGGUACCGCGACGACUCCAAUGUUGGCGACGACAGCUUCGCCUCCUACGCCAAGGGCGCCAACGGCGGGGCUGCCGAGUUCCGGAGCUAUGGCGGUUCCGCCAACCCGGGCAGCGUCAGCUUCAAAGGCUACGGCGAAGGCAAUAACCCCAACCACCACAUUGGCUUCAAGGAGUAUGCCGGAGACAACACCACCUUCAAGGCGUACGCCAAGACCGGCAUGGACUUCAAGGGGUACCACAACACGUCAGGCAACGCCGCGGCGGAGGCAAUGUCGGCGGAGGCAGCAGCAGCAUCAGGGCAUCAUCAGCACAUGAAGUGGUCCCCUGAGCCGGGCAAGUUCUUCAGGGAGAAGGAGCUCGUGGCUGGAAACCGAAUGCCAAUGCCGGACAUCAGGGACAAGAUGCCACCAAGGGCAUUCCUGCCGAGGGACAUCUCCAGGAAGAUACCAUUCGAGCCGAACGCAGUGUCGGAGGUGUUCGGGGUGCCGCUGGACUCCGCGAUGGGGAAGGCGGUGGCGUCCACGGUGGCGGAGUGCGAUCGGGCUCCCAGCCAGGGAGAGACCAAGAGGUGCGCGACCUCAGCGGAGGACAUUGUGGACUUUGCCGUCGAGAUGCUCGGCAAUGACAUUGUUGUGCACAGCACAGCCUCCCCAGCAGGCAGUGGCGGGGACAUCAGGCUCGGCAGCGUCACCGGAGUCGACGGUGGCAAGGUGACACGGUCCGUGUCAUGCCACCAGAGUCUGUUCCCAUACCUGGUAUACUACUGCCACUCUGUGCCCAAAGUGCGGGUGUACGCGGCUGAGAUCAUGGCCGUCGACUCCGAUCAGAAGAUCAAUCAUGGGGUGGCGAUCUGUCACCUUGACACUUCUGAUUGGAGCCCGGCUCAUGGGGCGUUCGUCGCGCUCGGUGGGAAACCCGGUGAGACUGAGGUUUGCCACUGGAUCUUUGAAGGCGAUAUGACAUGGACAGUUGCAGAUUGAUGCCAUGGCAACUGCUCAAUCUUACCUCUUGCUAAACUAAGACGAACAAGGCGACACAGAUUAGGACACCAGAUUUGGCUCCAGAUUCCUAAAAGCCCUGCACGCUUGUGCCUGCAUUUCUUUUUUGUGGUGGAGAGCACAUGCAUAAAAAAACAGCACUUACAGAGCCUGGAGGUGUUGUUUUAGGUGGUUAAGUCUUGGAUUAUUACUGCUCAACAGGCCCUAGGUCUGUCAUGUCCUCCUGGUGGCUACUUAAUCACAAAGUUCAGACUUGGUGUCACCGGAGUCAGUGCUGUUGGCUAUUGACUCUAUAGAAGAACCUUGCCAGCUUCGAUGAUCCAAUGCUGGCUGGCCGGUGGAUAUGAGUCAGCCUGUACCUUUUAUAACAAGUCAGACUACACCUUGUGCAGUGUACUCCAGCAUGCCCAAAGAGGUUGAGGGCCCUUUGGACCUUGGUGUGAUCAAUGCAAAGAGAAAGAUGCCAUCUCUCAUGGGGUAGGCAUGCAUUUGCCAUUGGGAACAGUAAGUACUGGAGUGAGGUGAGACUCUUGAGAGAGGAUGACUCCAUGGCUGUUGGCCAGGGAGCUGGCAAGAGUUAAUGGCCAGAGUGUUGUGCAUCACAUGAAGGAGGAGAAGAAGAGGUCAAAAUGGGGCCCCAAGAUGAGAAGGGCUUGUGAUUUUGCCAAUUUGCAGAAUUCUCAUCCUUCACAAAUCCUUCUUGCUGCAGCCAGCUCUUAUUCAUUUUUUGUGGUGUCAGUGGCGCUCCCUGGCUCACACUUCGAGUUAAUCAGUGAGUGAGUGGCAAGUUUGGUGCAGAGCUUUAAGCUCAUGAGCCAUGGAUGAUGCCAUGGAUAAGUCACCAAUGAGAGAAAACCCUUAUCUUCAAAUCUCUGUGUAUUUCUGUCUACCAUUGAUUAUGAUAAACUGCAUGUCUGAAGAAUUACCAACCAACUGUGGUCACACCCACACCCUGUACAGCUUCUUCUUAUGAAAGGAAACCACUAGCAUGACA